CCGGGACCACAGGGUCCAGGACCUAUCGUGCCUACAGUAUAUCUACUAGCACUUACUAAGUGCGCAUGCAGAACUCAUGUUCUAUACCGCCCUCGAGAGAACCAGACACUCGUUCACCUCAACAUAAGCAAGUCACUCUUCUCUUUGACUGCAGCUAAUUACUCACAUACUCUCGUACAUAUAGUCAGCCAGUUCCCAUCCCUGUCUGACUACAAUUACAUAACUGGGAUCAACGGUUCAAAGAGUCAAGUGGACGACUCUGCGUCCAGGGUUACCCUCGUAUUCUUCAACGUCUCUCCCCUUCCCUUUACCUCGGCCAGUACCAGUCCUCAGGUAGGGAUCAUCAGAGCCAAUGCACCAAUGAUGGCAUCACCGUCCCCGUAUACGACCUAUCCGCCAUCGACGCCUACACCACCAUGGCCAUCAGCGAUGACAUCGUCGUUGAAUCAACAUCGAAGCAACCUGAGUGGGAAGCGGAAAGCCACCAACAUCGAUGUCGACGAAUACGACCCCCUCUAUCUUUCCGGCGGGAGCGGAAACACCACCAGCAGUAGCAGCAUAUCCUCUCAAUUCAAGAAGCUGCGUCUAAACAACACUCGCAACCAUACUAAUCACUACCAGUCUGGACCGGCAACAACAGACGAAAGUAAUAUCAACACCCACCCCUCCACACAUGUAACACCAGUUUCCUCCACAUCAACCACCUACCUCACCACUCCUCCCCACUCACCCGUACGACGCCUUCACAAACCACACGGCAGUCCACGAUCAAGACCACCGUCACCAAUCUACACAUACCACCCAAACAACCCUCAGUACCUCUCCUUAUCACCCUCCAUAUCAACCCCUCCCAUUCCCCCGUCAUCCUCCUCAUUCAUGCCCAUCGACGACACGCCCCACCGGAUCGUGAUCCACGAUCUUGACGCCGAAAUUGCACUGAUCGAAGCCGAAGAACUCGCUCAGAAACAGACCGUCUUCCUUCCAGACAUCGAUAAGAAAGUCUCUAGCAUUCCACAACAACUCUUGCAAAACCGAUCGCCUGAUCAACCACACAUUUCCCCUCCGCAGAGCAUCGCUCCACCUAAUCACUAUCAGCCAUACGGCACAUCUUCUGCUACAUCUCUGGCCCCAUCACAGAAUUGCCCUUCAGCUUUGGUCCUAUAUAAAGACCCGACGAGCAUCAGCGUUCCGGAAGAAGAAGACGUUGUUCGCAAGACGAUUAUCGAGGCAAGGAAGCGGGCCCGAGAGAAGGCAGUUGAUGAUCAGCGUGAGAGGGACUUGGCUAGACAAAAAUUUCUAACGGAAUACCGUAAUCGCUCUUUCGCGGGCGAUGGAGAUGGAGAUACGGAUUUCGACGAUGCUAUGACGGAUCAGUCGUCCAUGGGUGGCGAUGACGACGAUGCAAUGGAGAUUGAAUAGUCUCUCUCUCUCUCUCGUUACACUAUUCUCCAGCAGGGGUCAAUCAGAGGAUGAAAGAAAGCAGCGUGGAUGGCUUUGGCGAAUGAUUCAUAUUCCCUUCGUGUCCAAUGGAGAUACCUAUGGACAUGAUGUGGAAAAGUCAGUCAUUCAUUCUGUUUUUGGCGGCUCGAUUAAACAGUUUGUCUCCGGCCUCAACUCAAAUAUCAGCCAUCACGUGCCAAUGUCACGUGUGUGAAGGGAUUGAACAAGAGUGAUGGAAGGAAAUGCCAGCCAAAAAAAAAGACUUCAGGAACACAGAAGGACUUCAACCUUCAACUCAUGAAUUUUCUCAAUUCGAGAAGAUACCAUAGCCCGACGUGGGGGUCGAACCCACAGCCUUAAGAUCACCAGUGUGGUAAGAGUCUUACGCUCUACCGAUUGAGCUAGCCGGGCUUGCUUCCUGAUUGUGGGCUGCUUCCCGGCUGUCGAAAAAGAUCUGGGAGCUUUAACAACUUUUGGACCAUGCUUGCGUUCAAACAAAACAGGCGUUUCCAGAGUUUAAUUAUAAAGAUACAGUAUGAGGCGCCAGGUGCCCGGCGCCCCGAUACGAUACGAGACGGAGAGGAGACAUAUAUGUAUAUAUGUAUGUAUGCACCAAAAUUUUUAUGAAUCAAUCAAUAUUUUAGCAGACGAAACCGUCGCUCGCCGAUCACCA